AACGCAACAGGAUUUUUUUUUAAAAAAAACAAGCUCAAAAUUCAAAGGGAUCCAAGGAUUGCAAAAUUGCAUUUGCAGAUUUCUUGACUCUUGGAGCUUUGGAGUUAUCCCCCCCGCCCUCACUUGGUAAGAAGCAGAAGAACCGAAAGUCUUGCGAAGCAGGGCAUCCGAUGCCAUGGCCGACGACAACGGGCUGUUCGCAGAGAUCGCAGAAAACGGAAGCGAAACUUUAGAGGUGGAUUCCCGGGGUGCCACCGCCGAGCCCAGUACUUUGCUACACAAGCUGAAAGGCGCCAUCUCGAAAUCCAUCCAGAGCAAAGUCGACUGCAUAUUGCAAGAUGUCCAGAGGUUUUCGGAUCAUGCCAAGCUGUACCUCUACCUCCAGCUGCCUUCUGGCCCGAGCUCAGGAGAAAAAAACCUGGAUCUCGCUUCACUGAGCUCGGUUGAACACAUGCACGCCUGCACCUGGAUUCGGAACCACUUGGAGGAGUACCCAGACACCUGCUUACCGAAACAAGACGUGUACGAUGCUUAUAAGCGGUACUGUGAUAAUCUUUGCAGCCGCUCUCUGAGCACAGCGAAUUUUGGGAAGAUCAUCCGGGAGAUUUUUCCGAACCUCAAAGCCAGACGGUUGGGCGGCCGCGGACAAUCGAAGUAUUGCUACAGUGGGAUUCGGAGAAAGACGGUGGUUCACAUGCCUCCUCUUCCCAGCCUAGAUCUCAAAGAAACAGAGACGACUGAAAGAGCUGAUAUUGUGCAGACCUACAACGAUGAAGUGAUGGACGCGGCCUGUGCCUUGACCUGCGACUGGGCGGAGAAGAUCCUGAAGCGGACCUUCAGCAACAUCGUGGAGGUGGCCCAGUUCCUCAUCCAACAGCACAUCAUCAACCCGCGCUCGGCCCAUGCCGACCUCGUCAUGGCAAUGGCGGUCUCAGAAACUGCAGAAACCCCCAGGGAAAAACAGCCACCGCCAAGCACUAAGAAGAAUGAGACAGAAGCCCCGGAAAACACAGCCAAACCACAGCCUGAGGCCAAAAAAGACAAUACCUCCAAGCCCCCCGUGGCCCCCCCACGGAGCGAAGCCAAGAAGCCUGCGGAAGCGGCGGCCAAGCAGGCCAGCCGCCCUCAAGUGAGCGCCUUGAUGGCUCGUCUCCCUGUGCUGCUGCCUCGGGUGCAGCCCGUGGAGAGGCUGGUGGUGUCUCCUGGGGUGGCCGCCAUCCACUCCUCCCCAUCAGUCCUGGUACCCAAGCUCACAGCUGCACCUGUGGGAGGCACGGUCAAAAUGGCCCUCUCCAUGGGCCCCGCCUCCUCGCCGCUGCCCCUGAACUUAGCACCAGCUGUGAAUGGACCUGGGGGGCUGGUCAGCCAACCGAGUGCCGUGCCGGUAAUCAACAUGAUUCUUCCUGGCGUGGCGGUGCCCCCAGUAACCGAAAUCCCGGCCAAGCCCAAGAGCACGCCUAGCAGCGGAGGCGCGACAGGUUGCGAACCCGGGCAGAGCCUUCCAGACCCUCAGAAAACCAAAGCUCCCAGCAAGCGUCCCGCGGAUUUGUCCGCGGAGGCCGCAAUGGUGAAGAGGAAGCGCGGACGGCCCCGGAAGAAGCCGGACGAGCCGGAGUCCUUUCUGUCGGAGAAGCCUGCUGCUGAAGAGGAACCGUCUGAUACAAAGGAAGACUCGGACAUCAUUGUGGUCACUGUGGGAUAUGGAGAGUCUGGCCCAUCAACAACCACCCAUCAGAGGUCUCAAGAAGAGAGUUCAGAAGUAGAGGUGCUCUAUGUAGGAGGCGCCAGGGGGUCAUCCCCCAAGGACAACAGCGGAACGGGCCCCACUGGGACCGGCAGCCAUAUUGUCAACAAUCCCGCAAAAGCUGCUAUCUUGCCUUCUCAGGUGAGUGUCAUCCAGGGCCGUAAAUCUGGCACGCAGAACCUGGUGAAAGAGGCAGGAAGCGACUUGCAGGGGCCCGUGCAGUUGGGUCAAGACACUUCAGGGCCAGGAAGUAGGACCAAAGCUACCCUAGCAAGGGGUUCCAUCUCCCACUGCCUCCUUGAAGACGCCCGAUCGGAAAAAUACAGCUCACUGGAAACCGAAUCGGAGCCCCAAGAUCUGUCCAUCAGCAAAUCCAGCUCGCUGACAUCGAAGGACCGUUCCGACGCCACUAGUCUGCGGGGGUCCUUAACCUGUUUGCGGCGGAACAGUGUAGAGCAGGACAAAGGGGGAGCAGCGAGCCCCCCAGUGACUUCUACGCAGGCUCCAAGCCGGUAACGUUCCCGUCUCGCUCCCUUAACUGGAUUCUGCAUCCCAGCACCGCUUCGGCAUCACUGAGCCCAGCUUUUCACCGGCUCCCCCGGCUUUGCUAACUUGAAUGCACGUGUGUAGGAAGAAAGCGCAAAACAGUACCAGCUGUCAGACUCCUUCUCAUCAGACAUAAUCUCGCAAGGUUACGUGUCCCCCCCCCCCCCAAACAGAAGUUUACUUAUAACCAGUGAUUGGUUCCUCUCUUUUUUGCUGUCUUGGGAAGCGGGGUUGGCCCCUGAUAUUCUGGAUCUGGCAGGAUCUGCUCCAGCCUGUUGCAGAUUCCUAAAUGGUCCCAGGAUCCUUACACCACACAGAGGGAAAGGAGCAGUUGCCAGAGCUGGGAAGGAAGACCAAAUUCAGGUUUGGCACCUCCGCCUUUCUGAUCUAGAUUCUGAGACUUCCUCUUAAAAGCCAGUGUGAACGGUGAGGAGGAAGGGAGCAUUUUUCACAGAUAGUAAAAAAUUGGAUUUUUUUUUUGAAUUUCAAAGGGACUCCCUCCCCUUCCUUAAUCUCUAAGCAUCUCGACAAUCACGUCACAGCCAGUGUCCCAAAGAAUUUUGCUUUCCUUCCCAACCCUUUAGCUGAUGUGUACGGCUUCUUUUAGAACCAGGGCUGCUUUGUUCUGCAUUAUUUAAGUUGGAAAAUGUUGGCGAUUCCUUCCCCGUUCCUUCCCUUUCCAACCCUUGUUUUGAUUACAAAUGCUAUGUAAACGCAUUACACAGAUUUCUUUUUUUAAAAAGAA